AUGGUAGCCACUCGAAAGAGUAAAGUCUUGCCCGAACCCGUGUCAGCGACGGAUAGCGCAGAUGCCGACAGCGAGGAGACGCAGAACUUCAAUUACGAACGAAAACAGGGGCUCUCGCGGCUUCGGUUGGGGAAGAGCACGGACAUCGAAAACGUCAGAGUAUGGCCCUUAUGUUUCGCUAUUGCCAUCGAAAAGAGUCGUAGGAUUCGACCAGGCAUCAUGGUCGCAUCAUCCAGCCUUCUCGCAGGCGUCUCAUACCACCUGCAUGAGUCAGACUCAGAGUUGCUGCCGACCGCACUGAUUUCAUCGCCGUUGACGGUUUUCAUCCUCGUCGAGACCGCCACCCUGUGCGCCGCGUUUUUCAUCCUUCUGCCUGGCACGAUGGCUCAGGCAUAUCGUGAAGACAAGACGACCGCUUUCAUGGUGGAGGAUAGUGCGGUGCUCUCAGCGCUGCCAACUGCGGUGGCGAGAUUCGCGGUGGGCUCGGGCAUCGCAUGGCAAAGGGCGGCACUCGCGGUGGUGAGGGACGGCGCGCUGUUCAUGACGCUAUACCUGUUGUGCGUGGCGGUUUUGGUUGGGGGCGAGGAUGACGUGAACCUCGAGCAACUCGGCGAUGAUAGCCUGUCUGAUAGUGGGGAGAGCGCAUUCCGCAGGGAUGGCUGGCAAGAAAUGGACGGGGGAAUAUCUGUCCACUCUUAUAGUUCACACGCGAAUUCCGACGAGGUCGAAGCGAGCUUUGAAUAA